GAUCAUGCGCGCAUGUACUCGAGUCUAUCGUUAGUGUCACUGCUAUGACAACAGGGAGAUGGCUUCAAGCAAAUUGAUGAGGCACACGCAAAAUUAGAUUUUUAUCUGAACUGCGAACCCCAGACGUCCAGACAGGCUCGUCUUGUUAGAGUGUCACACACAGACCACUGUCCAAACCUCCCUCUGGGUCCUGGAGUCAAAGAAACAUCAGCAUGUAGCCUAUAUGGGCCAACUGUAAGAGUAGUAUGUCUCUGUUCAAGGCGCGUGAUUGGUGGGCUGCGGUGCUGGGCGAGGGGGAGGAGUUUGACCAGGGAUGCCUGUGUGUCGGAGAUGUGGACAACAGCGGCAGCGGACAUGAUAAGAUCGUGGUGGGCAGCUACAUGGGCAUGCUGCGGGUCUUCUCCCCCCACCCUGCCAAGCCUGGAGAGCCCAGCCCGGCCCACAGCCAACUACUGGAGGUGCAGCUCAGAGACCCCGUCAUCCAGGUUGAAGUGGGCAAGUUUGUCUCGUGUUCAGAUCUGCUUCAUCUGGCUGUGCUGCACCCCAGAAAACUGUCUGUGUACUCCAUCUCAGGUACUGCUGGUAAUGUGGAGCAUGGGGUUCAGUACCAGCUCAAGCGGGUCUAUGAGCACAACCUCCAGAGGACUGCCUGCAACAUGACCUAUGGAACCUUCGGCGGGGUCACAGACCACCACUCUAUGUGUAUCCAGUCCAUGGACGGCAUGCUGAUGUUCUUUGAGCAGGAGAGUUACUCAUUUGGCCGUUUCCUCCCUGGCUUCCUCCUGCCUGGUCCUCUGUGUUACUGCUCCCGCACUGACACCUUCCUCACUGUGUCCUCAGCACGACAGGUGGAGAGCUACAGGUAUGAGACGCUAGCGGUGGCCACGGAUGCAGAGACCAGACAGGAUGCUGAGCAGCAUGGCAAAACUGCAGGGAAGAGACUGACGGCUGACUGGACCCUGGUCCUGGGGGAGCAGGCCUUGGACCUCAGUGUCCCCUCCUUCUCUCCGUCCUCAUCCUCCAUCUUUGUUUGCGGCGAAAGGAACCUGUACUGCCUCAAAGACAACGGACAUAUCCGCUUCAUGAAGAAACUGGAGUACAACCCCAGCUGCUUCCUCCCCUACUCCUCAGUGUCUGAAGGCACCACCAACACCCUGGUCGGUAACCAUAACAACAUGCUGCUGGUGUACCAGGAUGUGACGUUGAAGUGGGCCGCCCAGCUCUCCUGUUCCCCCGUGGCUGUCAGGCUCGCUAACUUCCCGGACCUGAAGGGUGUGGUGGUGACCCUGAGCAAUGAGGGCCACCUGCAGUGUUCCUACAUGGGCACAGACCCCUCCUUCUUCUCCACGCCCAAGGUGGACGCCCGCGAACAGGACUACUCCCAGAUCGACACUGAGAUGAAGAGUCUGCAGAGAGUCAUCAGACAGGCCACCAGGACCCAGGCUGAUAUUCUUCCUGUCGCAGAGACCGAUGAGGAUCUGACUGUUACAGCCACAGUCUCCACUAACAUGGACAGCACAUCGCAAGCGCUCAUCCCGGACAUUGAUGGUCUACCCGUCCCCUCAGUCACAGUGAAGAUCAAGGUGACGAGUCGCUGUGCAUUGCAGGGUCCUAAACUGACUGUGUGUGUUCAGCCUCCACUGGCUGUCACCCAGGAUCAGCUUGUGUUGGAACCUCUGGGUGUUGGGUCUACCACUGUGGUGGCGUUCUCUGCCUUCCUGAAUGGGCACUAUCCACCAGCAGACCUGACUGGAGACGUGGCCGUAUCUUACAGCUCUCCUACAGAGCUCAACCCUGCAGGCAUCCCGAGGGUGGCCCAGUGUAAGUUCUCCCUGCCCCUCCGUCUGGUCUGCUGCCCCUCCGCCCCCUCCAAGAACGCCAAGUAUAAGAUCACCGUGGAUACCAACAAACCGCCGGUCAACCUCAGCGAGGUCUUCCCAGACUUUCUGGAGAAGUCUGAGGACAAGGAGGGAAAUUCUCUGGCCUUCCACUUCCUCUCAGGGCCCAGAGUCACUGUAAUGGCCUCCAAGACCUCCCAGCGCUACCGUAUCCAGAGUGAGAGUUUUGAGGACAUCUGGCUGGUGGCUAAGGAACUGGUGCAGCGCUUCGACCGCCACUUUGCCAAGCAGGGAGUCAAAGACUUCAGAAACAGCUUUGCAGGCCCUAUACCUCUGGCUGAGUACUUUGAGACUGUCGACCACCACUUUGAGCUGCGUGUGAGUGCAGAGAAGUACCAGGACCUCCUGUCAGAGCGGGCGGUCCAGUUCAGAGCCAUCCAACGCCGUCUCCUGACCCGCUUCAAAGACAAGACCCCCGCCCCCCUACAGAACCUAGACACACUGAUGGAGGGCACCUACCGCCAGGUGAUAGCGUUGGCAGAUGCAGCGGAGGAGAACCGGGCAUGUCUGAAUCAGGCGUUUGUCCGUCUGCGCAGCGCCACCCACCUCCUCAUCCUCCUGGUCUCCCUGUGGCAGGGCCUCAACACAGAGCAAAACGCCAUCCUGGAGGCUACGCUGUUACCCCUGCUACAGGACACACCACAGCUGGGUUGGGAGGAGAGUGUGGACGCGGCCGUGUCUCACCUCCUGAGGACCUGUCUGUCUCGCAGCCCUAAGGAUCAGGCCCUGUCUCUGUCCACCUCCCAGCUCAACAUGCCCAAAGACACGGUCCGCCUGAAGAAGCACAUCACCCUGCUGUGUGACCGUCUGGGCAAGGGUGGACGGCUGUCCCUGGCCUCCGAGGCCAACGUACCCACACCAGUCAUGAUGCCAGGGGGCUGUGAGCCAAUCGCGGAGGCUGUUACGGACCUGGAGGAGCCGCCCCUGCAACAGGAGUCUGCCACCAAGUUCAUCAAAAAGAAACAGCCGUCCAAGAAAGUCAAGUCCAAGACAGAUAAAGAAUCCAAGGACAAGAAAGUGUCUGCUGAGGGAGCAGUCAAGGAGACAGUGGAAGAGACUGCAGAAGAGCCUGUGAAAGAAGUGAAGAAAGAAAAGAAGGAGUCCUCUAAGGAAAAGAAGGAGUCGACCAAGGAGCCUAAAGAGCCCAAGGACCCUGGGAAAGAGUCAAAAAAGGACUCUUUGAAAGAGUCCAAGGAAAAGAAGGAGUCCUCCAAGGAAAAGAAGGAGUCCUCCAAGGAAUCUGGAAAGGAGUCUUCUAAGGACACCAGCAAAGAGUCUUUGAAGGAGCCUGGGAAAGAGAAAGUGUCAAGAAAGUCAUCUGUGAAGGUCAAGGAGAAAAAGAAAGAGCCAGAUGCUGCUGCUGGAGAGGGCUGAUAAUUUCAUGCAAUAAAUACAUUCAGUUACACAGAUACACACACACCCACACACAGUCUCACAUAUACACUCAUAUUCAUUGACAAACACACUUCUAUCAGGGCGGAUGCUGGUCCAUAGUCAGGACUUCUGGUGUCUGUGUUGGAUGAAGGUGUGGUGCAGAAGAUGAGGCCCAGUCAGAAACUCCAGUAGAACAGUCUAGGAGUUGGACGUGCGACAUCAAAGCCCUUCCCCUCCCUUCCUUCCAGUGGCAGCGUCUCGCUGUGGAACCCACAGCCCUGUGCGUCGGUAAGCCCUAACCACCCCGCCUACACGCGGGCACUCUGACAUCUACCCCGCCCUCUCGCCCCCUCGUGUGGCACCAUGCCUUGCCAAAGCCACCCCCGCCUCAGGCUAAGAAUAACCCCCGCGUUCCGUCCAUCCCUCCGUAUGUCCCCUCGGGUAAAACGAGGUCACUUUCACCCCCCCAUCAGCAGCUUUCAGCACACAGAAGCAGGAAAACCAUCAAACUGAGACAAUAGCAGAGAAAUGAAAAGCGGGGGGGGGGUGAGCAGCCCUCAUGAUCGUUUGUGAGGACUUACAGGAACAUACUAAAUCACACACACCUGAAUCCACAAACACAUGCACACAAACACAAGAAUACAAACAUGCACAACCAUACAUGUAUAAACACUAGCUAGCACCUGCUCGUAUUCUGCAACACACAGCCCUGCAAGCGGUACAGGGUUUCCAGCCAGCCAGACCACCUUCUGUUAGAGGAUCGCUGUGCCAGCCUGACCAAUGACAAUCCAAACAGCUCUUUAUGUUGUCUGUACCUGUACGUCCUGUAUGUGUGUGUUGUCUGUACCUGUACGUCCUGUAUGUGUGUGUUGUCUGUACCUGUACGUCCUGUAUGUGUGUGUUGUCUGUACCUGUACGUCCUGUAUGUGUGUGUUGUCUGUACCUGUACGUCCUGUAUGUGUGUGUUGUCUGUACCUGUACGUCCUGUAUGUGUGUGUUGUCUGUACGUGUACGUCCUGUAUGUGUGUGUUGUCUGUACGUUGUCUGUACCUGUACGUCCUGUAUGUGUGUGUUGUCUGUACGUGUCUUGAUGAAUAUAGAUGUGUAUCGUUUCCUAACUCAGCUUAAUGAAUGUAUUAUAGCAAAGGUUUUGUACCGUAAUCAGCUAGUCUGAUGCACCAGGCACCUGUUCUAUGCCUGUUUUUAUAGCAAAGCAGGGUGAUUCAAGUUAGUGCUAUGAAACUAUUGUUUAAUGUUUGUAUCUUCUUAAUCUCCCUCCGUAUGUAUGUCUUUCUCUCUCCCUUUAGGUCUGUCUCUUUUCACUCCUUGCUUACUGAGUAUGAGGGACAGUGUGUAUGUUAGAGUAUAUAGGAAUGGUCACUGUUAAAAUGACUUGGCCAGUGGCUUUAGGUUUGUUUUUUUCCUUACUGUUGUGUAAAAGGUCUGUGCAAAUUUUCUUGAGCUCGGCACACGGCCAAUUUAAGAUUGAGUAACUGUGAGACUCACUGUUUCAUUUGGCCCGGGUGGUUUGUAGAUGUUGCGUUAAAGUCACGUUGUGGAAGAAGGUGGGGAUGGACUCCGGCGGACUCUCCUCUCAGGUCUGUGUUAUGUUAUGUUAUGUCUGUUUGACGUCAGUGGGUUCACUUUUUUUUUUUAUUCUCCUCAAUAACUUGUGUCUUUGACUAAACGCUUUGUGGCGCUCUGUGUUUCACAACAUGAAUGUUGUACAGGACAAGUUCACGUGCAAAAAAUGAUUGAACUAGGACCAAACAUUGUUACAUGCCCCACUGUGAAAAACAAACAGUGCCGCACAGUUUUGAGAGAAUGUAAUAAAAAGCUCUUUGGAUUAGACUUUUAGAAACAAAUGGGUUGGUGUCAUUUUUAUUAAAGAAGCUGUCUUGUGAGAGGCUUAGGAGAGAAUGUAUAUCGGAUGUAUGUGCAUCAGAACAGUAUGUAACGCUAAUAUGUAUCAGAGAGGAGAUGAACUGUUAUCCCUACUGAGUGUAGUAGGUCCCAGCCCAGACUAAAUCUACAACUCCCACGAUGCUCUUUGAUAAAUGCCUAUGUUUUUCCUCUCCCCUGUCUUAAAGAGACACUUACUUUC